AUGCAUUGGCAGGACACUGCUGGUGGGCACAAACCUUGGAGUGCUGCAUCUCUACAGCUUCGAUGGCGAGGCCUUUGCACACACUGCUCAGGUCGAUGCACAUCUGGACUGCAUCAAGAAUAUCAGAACACACCGCACUCUUGUCGCCACUUGCUCCCAGGACUCAAACGUGAAGGUCUGGUGCUGCGAGGCGGGAAUAUUAGCCUGGUUCAAACACUCAAUGGGCACUCGGACUGGGUUAACGGCGUGUGCUGGCAUGGGGACAAGCUGUACAGUGCAUCUUCUGACAAGACCGUCCGUGUUUGGGAGAGGAACGAGCACGGAUUCUACAUCUGCUCAGACAUCCUUGGCGCAGCCUCUGAGCUGCUGUCGGUUGGGUUUCUAGACAGUGUGCUAAUAGUCCAGACCAGGUCGGGCGGGGUGGACAAGAUAGGUGCUGGGGGGACGUGUGAGUAUUUCAUUUCAGGCCACCAGGGAGAAGUGGUCGACCUGGACUGGAACAGGAAUCUUCUGGUCACGUGCUCGUCGGACAGAACCACAAGGCUGUUCUACAGGGGCCGUGAGUGUGCAAGGGCACAGAUCCAUGGGUUUCCAAUGACCAGUGUGAAGUUCCUCCCAGGGCCCCAUCUCAGGUUCAUCAGCUCGGGCCAGGAAACAAUACUGAGGAUAUACGAGGGCACACGGGCCUUCUUUGCAAACUGCGAAGAUCUAAAGACUCUGCAGCAUUCUGCUGACGACUUCCUGGACUUCUAUGCAGACAGAGAUUACUACGUUGAGGCGGCGUUUCUUUCAGAGCUGAACCUCACAAACGAGAUCGGCACCAGCACCAGCCACGAAAGACUCAGCGAGAACGCCCUCUGCUCCGGCGUGUUCAGGGAAUGCCAAAAGAUCUACGGACACUACUUUGAGAUUAAAAACAUUGCUGUUGGGAAGAGCCUGAUACUAAGCUGCAACAAGUCAGCAGUCAGGAAGUUUGCGGGUCUUUUUGUGUGGGACCUGCAGGGCAGCAAGCUCCAGUACAUCGAGGAGCACGACCUGGACAUCCAAAAGAUAGCAAUAUCGCCCGACCAGUCGUUCGUCGCGACGGUUGGGAGAGACCAGCUGGUCUGCCUAUAUGCAGUUACAAACAACACGCUGAAUACAGUCCAUCGCUUUGCCAAGCACGAGAGAAUUGUCUGGGACUGCGGGUUUUCCAGAGACAGCAAGUAUCUUGCCACCUGCUCCAGAGACGGCAAUGUAAUCCUCUACAACAUUGGCAGCCGGUCGAUUGCGAGGACGUCGAGUUUUGAGCACGAAGUGACCACGGUUAGCUUUUCGCCAAAAGCUGACAUGUUGAUAGCCGGCACAGUCAACGGCGAUGUGCUGUGUCUUGACUAUGAGCUGAACAUUGUGGACCGGAUCAGGGCAGUGGGAAAAAGGAUCCACAUCGCCCGGUUCGACGAAAGCGGCAGUAUGGUCGCAGUGAGCGGAUCGGACGGGCUGACCAGAGUCCUGAGCCUUUCCCAGUAG